CUGAACUCUCCAAGCAUGUCGUCCGUGCUCAGGAACUUCGCUUCACUUUAUGGCGCGGUCCCGUCCUGUUUUGCACGAUCUCUGAAGACUCGAACAUGGGUUUUGAGCAGCGAUUUACGCACACAGGCUUCGUGCGUAAACCCGAGGAGAAAGUGCUCGGGAAGCCGCUUCAACGUGCCCCCGAGUGCAGAGUUCGUGGCGCGCGUGUCCGGUAUCCCGACCAUGGCCAAGCUGCCGUACCAGGAGACGGCGGAGGGGCUGCAGGCGGCGUUUGUGGGAGUCCCGAUCGAUACAGGAACUUCCAACAGACCCGGGGCAAGGUUUGGUCCUCGUCAGAUCCGAGUGGAGUCGGCCAUGCUCCGAGCCUAUAACAGCGGGACCAGAGCUGCUCCCUACGAGUCUGUGAUGGUGGCCGAUAUCGGGGAUGUCAAUGUAAACGUGUACGACCUGAAAGACACGUGUAAACGCAUCCGAGAGGCCUACAGGAAGAUCGUGGCUACAGGCUGUAUACCUCUGACUAUGGGUGGAGAUCACACAAUAGCAUACCCAAUUCUUCAAGCUGUUGCUGAAAAGUAUGGUCCGGUGGGCUUGGUGCACGUAGAUGCCCACGCUGAUGUGAGUGACGUGGUUCUGGGGGAGAGGAUCGGCCACGGGACCCCGUUCAGACGGUGUGUGGAGGAGGGGCUGCUGGACUGUCACAGGGUGGUGCAGAUCGGACUGCGUGGCUCCGGUUACUCUGCAGACUCUUAUGAAUGGAGCCGAUCACAGGGUUUCCGGGUGGUGCAGGCCGAGGAGUGCUGGUUCAAGUCCCUGGCUCCUCUGAUGGCUGAGGUCCGGACUCAGAUGGGCUCUGGUCCGGUUUAUCUGAGCUUUGACAUCGACGCUCUGGACCCAGGAUUCGCUCCGGGGACUGGGACUCCAGAGAUCGCAGGACUCACCCCAAUACAGGGGGUGGAGAUUAUCCGUGGGUGUCGUGGUCUGAACCUGGUCGGAUGUGACUUAGUGGAAGUUUCCCCUCCGUACGACACAACAGGGAACACCGCUUUAACUGGAGCCAAUCUACUUUUCGAGAUGUUGUGUGUCCUGCCAAUGGUCAAAUAUUACUAAUAUCUACUGACAAUCAUUACAGUUGCAAUCUUUUGUACGUUUGUAAAUAUGAUACAAAACUCUGUGCUUUAGCGAUCGAUUUCAUAGUGUUGCCAAAGAAUUCUUAUGAAAAUACAAACGUGGACAAAAUUGUUGGAACCCCUCUGGCAAUGAAAGAAAAAUCAACAAUCGUCAAUGAAAUAACUUGAAACUGACAAAAGCAAUAAUAAAUCAAAAUUUACUGAAAAUUGUCCAACGAAAAUCAAACAUUGUUUUUCACCUGUGGUUCAAAAGAAUAAUUGGCAAAAAACAAAAUAAUGAAAUAAAACAGAAUGAAAACAAACAAAAAUGAUGGUACCUUUAACUUAAUAUUUUGUUACACAACCGUUUGAGGCAAACUCUGCAAACAAACGAUUUCUGUAACUGUCAAUGACACUUCUGCACUGAUCAGCUGGUAUUUUGACCCACUUCUCAUGAGCCAACUGUUGUAGUUGUCUCAGGUUUGAAGGGUUCCUUCUCCAGACGCAUGUUUCUACUCCUUUCACAGAUGUUCAGUAGGAUUGAGAUCUGGACUCACAGAAGAACACUCCAGAAGAGUCCAGUGUUUUGAUCUUAGUCAUUCUUGUGUGUUUUUCGCUGUGUGUUUUGGGUCAUUAUCCUGUUGGAAGAGACAAGACCUACAACUGAGACCGAGCUUUCUGACACUAGGCAACACAUUUAUUCCAAAAUACCUUGAUAGUUUUGAGAUUUCAUUGUACCUCUGACACCCUGAGCCAGAUGCAGCAAAACAGCCCCAGAACAAAACCAGGCCUCCUCCAUGUUUCACAGUAGGGACAGUGUUCUUUUCUUGGUGUGUUUCAUUUUUGUGUCUGUGAACAUAGAGCUGAUGUGUCUUGCUAUAGAGCUUCAGUUUUGUCUCAUGUCUCUGUCCAAAGAACAUUCUCCCAGAAGCUUUGUGGCUUGUCAAUAUGCAUUGUGACAAAUUCCAGUUUCAGUUUUUUAUGAUUUACUUUCCACAGUGGUGUCCUCACAUGAAGUCCACUUUGGCUCAAAGAGUGAUGGAUGGUUUCAAUUUGUCUAAGUUUAACAUGUCCCAAUUGUCUUUUUCUAGCGGUACCAUCAUUCUUGUCCAGACCAAUUUCAUUAGUUGUUGUUGUUGUUUUUUUUUAUAAUUCUGUUGAACGACAAUUCAAAACAGUGUCUGAUUUUCAUUGGUUAUUUUUUCAGUAAUUUUUUGUUUAUUAUUGCUUUUCUUAGUUUUAAAUGAUUUCAGUGACCAGUGUUGAUUUUUCUUUCAUUACCAGAGGGGCACCAACAAUUUUGAACACGUCUGUAGAAUUGAAGCCAUAAAAAACUUGAAAUGCACUUUCAAAUGUGACAAAUAAAUAAAUCCAAUGAGUUA